GGGGAGGGGGAGUGGACAGGCUUAGACCUAAGGAGAGGCUUGGAGAGAGCAGACGCCUUCUGGACCCAAGAGGACGAGCUCAGACCGCUUCCCCUCAGGUUCAGCUGUUACUUGGCUUCCCAGAAAAAUGGAUAGGAGAAAUAACUACGGUUAUAGGAUGCCCCUGUUCCAGGCCCUGGCAGAUGACUACCUGGCUCAGCUGAGUCUGGAGCCCACAACCAGAACCCAGGGCAAGAGGAACCAAAAGGCAAAUAAGUUGGUGAAAUAUCUAUUGGUUAAGGACCAGACAAGGAUCCCCAUCAAGCACUCAGACAUGCUGAAGGAUAUCAUCCAAGAAUAUGAUGAAUAUUUCCCAGAGAUCACUGAACGAGCAAGCUGCACUCUGGAAAAGAUGUUUCAAGUCAAUCUGAAGGAAAUUGAUAAGCAGAGUAGUGUGUAUAUUCUCAUCAGCAUUCAGGAAUCCUCCGCAGGCAUCCUGGGAACAACCAAGGACUCCCCAAAGCUGGGUCUCCUCAUGGUGCUUCUUAGCAUCAUCUUCAUGAAUGGAAAUCGGUCCAGUGAGGCUGUCAUCUGGGAGGUGCUGCACAAGUUGGGGCUGCGCCCUGGGGUGAGGCACUUGCUCUUUGGGGAAGUGAGGAAACUCAUCACAGACGAGUUUGUGAAGCAGAAGUACCUGGAGUACAAGAGGGUCCCCAACAGCAGCCCACCUGAAUAUGAGUUCUUCUGGGGUUUGUGCUUCUACCAUGAGACCAGCAAGAUGAAAGUUCUGGAGUUUGCCUGCAAGGUGCAGAAGAAAGGCCCCAAGGACUGGGCUGCUCAGUACCGGGAGGCAGUGGAGAUGGAGGUCCAGGCUGCAGCUGUGGCUGUGGCUGAGUCUGAGGGCAGGGCUGAGGCAAGAGCUCAAGUGGGAAUUGGAGAGGAAGCUGUGGCUGGGCCCAGGAAUUGGGAUGACAUGGAUAUAGACACCUAACAGUACCUAACAAAGGAAGAGUUAGGCAAUGAUGCUCAGUCCUGGAGCACAUUUUCAUUUGAAACUGAGGCUAGAGCCCAAGAAAAUGCAUAUGCCAGCACCAACAUCAACUUCAGCAGAGGAACUAUCACCAGAGCUAACUUACACAAUGGUGCUAGUAUUAGCUUCAGUGGUGCACGCAGUCCCAUUGGUGGCUUUGGUGACAAAAGUGGCAUUAGUUUUGGUGGCACACCCAGCACCUGCUCCAAUUUCAGUGGUAGAGCCAGUGUUAGCUUUUGUGGCAGGACCAGUUUCAGUGGUGGAGUCAGCUCUGGGUUUGGAGGCACACUGAUCCCCACUGCUGGUUUCAGUGGUGCAUUCAUUACCAGUGCCAGCUUUGGCAGUGCACCCAGCACCAGUGCACUUAGUGGCAUACUUAGUACCAGCACUGGCUUUGGUGGCACACUCAGUACCAGAAUCUGCUUUGGUGGCCCUCCCAGCUCUGGUGCCAGCUUUGGUGGCACAUUCCCUGGUAGUGUCUGCUUUGGUGGUUCUCCUAGUACCAGCGCUGGUUUUGAUAGCAUACUCAGCACCAGUGUCUCCUUCAGUGGCUCUUCCAGUACCAUUGCUGACUUUGGUGGCAUACUAAGCACCAACAUCUGCUUCAGUGGCUCUCCCAGUACUUGUGGUAGCUUUGGUGGUACAGUCAGCACCUGGGUUGACUUUGGUGGUGCACUCAACACUAGUGCUGGUUUCAGCAGUGCUGUCAGCACUAGCAACAGCUUUAGUAGUGCACCCACCAUGAACUCUGGCUUUGGUGGUGUGUUCAGUACUAGUGCUGACUUCAGUGGAGCACUUAGCUCCACCACUGGCUUUGCUCCUAGCACCAGCAUUGGCUUUGGUGGAGGUCCCAGCACCAGCCUCUGCUUUGACAAUGUUUCUAACACCAGUCUAUGCUUUGGUGGCCCUCCUGGCAUCAGCACCUGCUUAUUUAGUGGAGCUACCAGUGCUAGUUUUGUUAAUGGGCUUAGCACCAGUGUGGGUUUUAACUUUGGCAAUGGGUUAAGUACUGACACUGGAUUUGGUGGUGGACUAAGCACCUGUGCUGGCUUCAGUGGUGGACUGAUCUCCAAUGAUGACUUUGGUGGUGGACUGGGCACCAAUGCUGGUUUUAGCAGCAUAUUUGGCACCAGGGCUGGCUUUAGUGGUAGUCUCAACAUCAGUGAUGGCUGUGGUGGUAGGCCUAAUACCAGCUUUAAUGAAGGACUGAGUAUCAUCAUUGGCUUUGGCAGUGGUUCCAGCACCAGCAUUGGCUUCAACGGUGGACCCAGUUUUAUCGUUGGCUUCAGUGGUGCACUGAACAGCAGUGCUGGCUUCAGCGGUGGACUGAGCAACGGUGCUGUCUUUGGUGUUGGAGUCAUCAGCCUUGGUGCCUGUAGUUUCUCCUAUGGCUAG